UAUCUUUAAAACAACAGCAGAAGUAUGUUAUCAAGUUCAAGGUUAAUAUUAUUUGCACGGCGUAGUAUUGUGCUGAAGGCCACUAAUCUCGCGGAUGUGUUUGAGCGCUACACCGAAAUCGAAAACUCCAAUGCGAAUCGUAUGCGGGGACUUAAGGAAUCAGGGAUGUUCAAUGAUGAAUGGAUCGCAACCGAGAAGGUUCAUGGCGCCAAUUUUGGUAUUUAUUCGUUGGAGGGUGGGAAGACCAUUUCUUAUGCGAAACGAAGUGGGAUUAUGUCGCCCAACGAGCAUUUCUUCGGUUAUCACGUUUUAAUACCCGAUUUAAAGCGGUACAUGGGGGAAGUUCGCGAGCUGCUUUCGAAAAAGUUAGACCACGCCCCCAACGCGGUGCUUCUCAAUGGGGAACUCUUCGGUGGGAAAUAUGACCACCCCAACGUCCCGAAAGUCAAAAAAAUGGUCAUGGUAGGCGGGCGAUCUCGCGCUAUAAGCGCGGUCCAAACGGACACCUUUCCUCAGUACAGCCCGAACCUUCAUUUUUAUGCUUUUGAUAUUAAAUACAAAAAGUCGACUUUGGGCGAGUAUACCACCCUAAUUUACGACGACGCGGCGGAGAUUUUUGACAAAAUCAGUGGUCUGCUCUACGCGCGGGCGAUUAUUCGCGGUCCGAUGUCUAAAGUGGCCGCCUUUGAUGUGGAGAACUUCCAAACCACCAUUCCCACGCAAAUCGGAAUGGGAAACUUCCCUUUGAAAGGAAAUUGGGCGGAAGGGUUGGUAGUGAAGCAUUGCAAACGUGGAACGCCGGGGUUUGACUCCAAAGGGUUGACCAUUUUGAAGUUUAAAUGCACGGCUUUUCAGGAAAUUUCGAUCGACCCGCGGCAGGGCCCUCGGGUGGAUGAGAUGCAGGGCAUCCGGGACACCUCGAUCGGCCUCUCCGGGGCGCAAUUGCCCGAAAUCGCGAGCGUCAUUCGUGAUCCCGCGCUGCUCGAGGCAUCACAGCAUCUUUUAAAUCAUAUUUGUACAAAUCGGCUCAACAACGUGAUUUCAAAGAUCGGGACGGAUCCAUUCGAGACGGGGUCGAUGACGCCAGAUGGCCUCGCCACGCUUUUGGCUGAGGACGCGCUGAAGGACUUCUUGAAAGAGGCAAACCCCAACGUGGUGGUGGCUCCCAUUAUUACCCGGCGAGAUAUGACCAAAUAUGUGGUGUUUGAGGCUCGAAAGUUGGUUCAUUCGUCUUGGAAAAAUAUCAUCGCUCGGCAAAAUGAACUGCAAACUUAACGGGGCCUAACAAACAAAGAAGAAAAAAGGGCAAGUUUGAAGGACAUUUAUCAGCCAAACGGUUAAAUAUAUUUUUUGAUUUACGACUUUUUCUGCAAUACAGCGAUAUAAAUCUCCAAACAAGUGGUACAACUGUCUAACUCCUUCUUGGUUAUAUACAAAUAUAUAUAUAUAUUUAUUUAUUUAUUCACAUAUUAUUACUCAUAUUAUAUGAUACAAUUCCCAUAAGCGACUUUUACCUAUUUACCGUUUUAGAAUCUGUAAAAUUCAGUUUGUAUAGACUCAUCAACAGGUCUAUGCAUUGUAGAUGUGAGUUUACACUGAUGUAAUCAUGUCAAUGUCGAUAAGUGCUCUUUUUUUUUAAUCACGAGUUUAUAUUAUUUAUGAUCUGAAGAGGUUCCCCGGUGAUCUUAAUUAUCAUAAUCUACUUUUAAAUGAAUAAAGCACUGCUCUAUCAACACUAAUCGUGUUAUUGUUUUACUCAUUUGGGGUCUGGUGUGUAGUGGAAACAGCUGACAACAACAUCUCGCGUAAUGUUGAUUCGGCGUUGUGCAGUUGUUAUGCUUCGAUAGCAGAAAAAACAUCACUUCUACACUCGUCGAGGAAGAUUACGAACGUUGGUGAUGUCUGGGUUUUGAUGGCGAUUAUGGCGUCCAGAAUUUUGUAGUGGCUGCGUUUUUACGAUAGCAUCGCACUUAUUUUCAACGCAGGGAUUUUAUUUGACGGGAUCGCCAUGGAUUGCGGUUAUCUACACACAAGAUUUACAUAGACUACCUCAUAUUAAAGAAGGACAUUUCUUUCCCAGACGGUGGGAGUGUCAUAAAAAUGUUUCUUAACGGGCUUAAUACAUUCCUAAGAGUCUAGUUUUACGUUCCAUGGACCGAUGAAUAAAUGAAUCGAUCUAUCGAUAUAUUUGUAUUUGUGUGGGUAUCUGAAUGCCAGGAAUAUUUUUUACAACUUAGUGUUUCUAUUCUUUAGUGACAUAGCUAAGGCGAUAAUUAUCAAAUAUUCGUCUUGAGCAGCACUAUUAUAUGUGCAUGUUGCUUGAACUCCCCACCUCCCUGUUUGGGAAUGGGUGGUGGAAGGGCUUACUGA